GUUAUUUUUCUUCCAAAGUUUCUCUUUCUCUUUUGUACUUAUUCAAAGAAAGGAAUAUAUCUUAAAUAGCAGGAUGUCUGACGAUUUUGAUGAUGAAUUAUACAACGUUUAUAACGCAUCUGGAAAGGAAUCUGGAUAUAAUGAUGAGGACUUAUAUGACGAUGAAGAUCUAUACGGAGAAAUUCCUUUAGAUGCCAAUGCUGACAACACUGAUUUGAACAAUAACAGUAAUAGCAAUGACGCUGGGGAAGAUCAACAGCAGUCUUCUAGUCAAGACGAUUAUAAUAGAGAUAAACAAAGAGGACACAAUAAUGGGUAUCAACAGCAGCCACAACAGCGACGUCAGUAUCAGCAGCAGCAAAUGCAACAAUACAUGCAGCAAAAUGGUAUGUGGGCAGGUUAUUCUCCUGCUGCAUACCAGCAAUACAUGGCUGCUUUUCAACGUAGCUUACAGCAACAGAUGGCCAUGAAUCCAUAUCAAAUGCAACAGAUGAUGCAAAGACAAUAUAAGCCAAACAUGCCAUCGCAACAACCAUAUGGACAACAGCAAAAUAGACACAGCAAGCCUAGACAGCAGCAACAACAGUCAGCAGACGAUGAAUCGAAGGAUAAGGAUAAAGUGAAUGAUAAGGAAGGAAAAAGUGACGAAAAGGAAGAUUCGGAUGAAGGAAAAAUGUUUAUUGGCGGUUUAAACUGGGAAACAACGGAUGAAAAACUACGUCAAUACUUUUCUCAGUUUGGUGAAGUUAUUGAUUGUCUAAUCAUGCGUGAUCCAGCUACACAGCGCUCAAGAGGAUUCGCGUUCUUGACAAUGCAGGAUAAUGAAACAGUCGAUAAGAUUCUGAGUAAAGAAGCACAUUAUCUUGACGGUAAAAAGAUUGAUCCAAAGAGAGCUAUUCCUCGUGAAGAACAGGAUAAGACGGAGAAGAUUUUUGUUGGUGGCAUUUCACCUGAAGUCAGUGAAGAAGAAUUCCGUACCUUUUUUACGCAAUUUGGUAAAGUACUUGAUGCUACUUUGAUGGUUGAGCGUGACACAGGCCGCCCACGUGGUUUUGGUUUUGUUACAUUCGAAAACAUUGAGGGUGUUGAAAAUGCAUUAAGAGAUCCAAAUCUUGCAAUUAAAGACAAAGUUAUUGAGGUUAAGCGAGCUAUGCCUCGUCAUAGACGUGAACGCCAGCAACAACAAAAUGCUGCACCCGUAUUCAACCCGAAUUUCAGACCACAAGGAUUUAUGCCAAAUCCCGGCUAUCUCGGUACGAACUUGAUGAUGAAUCAAUUUGCUAACAUGUAUGGAAUGUAUGGUAAUCCUGCAGCUGCGGGAGGUUAUAACAUGGCAGCAGCAUAUUACAAUAAUAAUAAUAAUACCGGUUCUGCAUACGGCGGAACAGCUAGUCCUGGCAGUGGUAGUGGCGGUAGCAGCAACAAUCAGAAUACUGCUAAUAAUAGGUACCAGCGCCAGCAACAAGGUGACAAUUAUUCUCGAAGCAGCAGCGAUCAGCAUAGAAAUCGUUCAAGAGAUCGUUAUGGCUCUAGUUCCCAUCGAGAUUACAACCACCCUAGCUCAGGCGGAAGUGGUGGUCCCAUUCAUAGUUCUUCUUCAUCAAAAUCUCAACAUUAUCGCCCUUAUUGAAAAGCACUGUUCCCUUUUUGAAGAGAAGAAUUGCUUAUGAAUUGUUUUCAAAGUCUAUAUAAAAAUAUACUAUCGAGUACUCAUUAACUCACCUUUUGGUAAAGUAAUCCAUCUUUUAUAAAACUCAUAUUCUAUUUUUCAAUCAUAAGCAAAAACGCGAAUCCGUAACCGCGUUUUUUUUUCUAUUUUCGUUUUUCUUCAAUUCUGCUUUCCUUCUCCUGUAAAUCUGAAAAGCCGACAUUUAAUUUAAUCUGCAAUAAAAAAAUUUGAGAAAAAC